GUGCUGUCUGUGUGUGUGGAUAUUUUUUUUCGGUGAAAAUUGUUGAAUUUUCUGAUCACAUCAAUCACACACAUUGAUCAUGUCAACAACGACAUUAAAAUUGGAACAACAAAAACAACAAUCACAAGAAAAUAAUCAUAGUGAUAUAAAUUAUUUAAGUCAUGUUAUAACAUUAACCGAUCAAAUUUCUGAACCAGCACGUGAUUGGAUACAAUUUAUAUUUGAUAAAUAUGAUUCAAAUUUUGAUCAAACAUCAAUCACUUCGCAAAUAAUUUCGGCAAUGAUUUUAACGAUGGGUUGUUUUUGGUUAAUCGGUUCAUUAUAUACAUUACUUGAUUAUUUUCAAAGGCCAAAAUUUUUAUAUCGUUAUAAAAUACAAGAUAAUGAACAAAUCACCUUGGAUGAUAUAAUUGAAACGGCCAAAGUAGCCUUUUGGAAUCAGAUCACUGUACAAUUAUUAACAACAACCAUAGCAUUUAAUCUAAUGAAUUAUCUUCCAUUUGAUAAAAAUUAUCGUGUGCCUCCCGUAUCGACAAUCAUCUAUAAUCUGGUUGUUUUUAUAUUUUUACAGGAGAUUGCUUUUUACUACUUACAUCGUUUACUUCAUCAUAAAAUAUUUUAUCGUUAUGUUCAUAAAAUUCAUCAUAAAUGGCAAGCACCAAUUUCAAUAUCGGCAUUAUAUUGUCAUCCAUUUGAACAUUUUUUAGCCAAUCUUGUGCCUGUAUUAAUUGGACCAUUUGUAAUGGGUAGUCAUCGUAGUACAAUUUCAAUAUGGUUAUUAAUUGUUCAUAUUGUUACAUUAAAUGAUCAUUCGGGUUAUCAUUUUCCAUUGAUGCCAUCACCAGAAUUUCAUGAUUAUCACCAUUUAAUGUUCAAUCAAAAUUUUGGUCGUAUGGGAUUUUUAGAUUAUUUUCAUGGAACAAGUGAACGUUAUUUUAAAUCUAAAUAUUCAAAACGACAUCAAGUAUUGUUAAGUUUAACACCGAUGAAAAUAUUGAUACCGGAUAAUAUCAAAUCAUUCAACUGUUCAAUUUUCUGUUUUUGUUUGUUUGUGGUGAUCAUUUUGAAUGUUUGCGAUGCUUUAUUCAAUCCAACGGAUUUUGGACGAAUAGUUGAUCAUCCACAUCGAGAUGGUUCAAAAUCGAAACAAAUUAUUUUGAAUAAUGGUCGUUGUUUACCUAUGGUUGCAUUUGGUACAUGGCAAUUAGGUAAUGAUACAGUAGUGAAACGUGCUAUAAAAUCAGCUGUAACAUCCGGUUAUCGAUUAAUCGAUACAGCCGAUAUUUAUGGUAAUGAAAAAAUGAUUGGCGAUAUUUUACAAGAAAUAUUCAAUGAAGGAAUUAUAAAUCGUGAUGAUAUAUUUAUAACGACAAAAGUUUGGUGUAAUCAUUUUUCUAAACCAAGUGUUAUCAAAAGUAUUCGACGAUCAAUGCAGCGAUUAAAAGUUUCAUAUUUGGAUUUAGUAUUACUUCAUUAUCCAACUGGUUUCAAAGAAAUUGUUGGUGAUAAAUAUCCAAAAUUUAAAAAUGGUUCAAUUAUACCAAGAACAUGGCAAAAAGAUUCCUAUACAGAAACAUGGGAAUCAAUGGAAGAAGCUGUACGAAAAAAUUAUACACGUUCAAUUGGUGUAUCGAAUUUUAAUCGUGCACAGAUAAAAACAUUAUUGAAAAAAGCAACAAUUAAACCGGUACUUAAUCAGGUUGAAUCUCAUCCAAAUUUGAAACAAUCAUUAUUAUUAAAAUAUCUAAUGGACGAACAAAUAUUAAUGCAAGCUUAUGCACCAAUACGAAAAGCUGAUAAAGAAUUAUUAAAUAAUCCAAUAUUAAUGGCAAUUGGCGAAAAUCAUAAUAAAAGUAGUGCACAUAUAGCAUUACGUUGGCAAUUACAACGUUCAGUACCUAUUGUUGUAAAAAGUUCAAAUCCAAAACGUAUAAAAUCAAAUUUACAAUUAUUUGAUUUUGAAUUAAAUGAUGAUGAAAUGAAACAAAUCGAAACGAUUGAAGAAAAAUCCCGUAUCUAUGAUAUUGAUGGUCUUACAAAUCAUCCUGAUUAUCCAUUCAAUGAAGAAUAAACAAAAUGUUUUUUAUUAAAUAAAUAUUUACAUAGACAGCUAAAAUCAAGAAUUAAUUAACCAAGUUUAAUCCAAUUUUUUCGGAUCAAUUUUUCAAAUUGUUUAUGAUGGUAAUUGUUA